UCUCCACUUCCGUUUCGUUCUUUCUUUUUGGUGUAGAAUAAAAAUCUGUAAAGAUGGGUCGUAUGCACGCUCCUGGUAAGGGUAUUUCCCAAUCAGCGCUUCCCUACAGACGGACGGUGCCUUCAUGGCUGAAAUUGAAUGCCGAGGAUGUGAAAGAACACAUCAAAAAAUUGGGCAAAAAGGGCAUGACUCCUUCCAAGAUCGGUAUCAUUCUUCGUGAUUCGCAUGGUGUUGCGCAGGUACGCUUCGUCAAUGGUAACAAAAUUCUGCGUAUCAUGAAAUCUGUUGGUUUGAAACCCGACAUCCCUGAGGAUUUGUACCACAUGAUCAAGAAGGCUGUUGCUAUCCGCAAGCAUUUGGAGCGUAAUCGCAAGGAUAAGGAUGGUAAAUUCCGUUUGAUUCUGGUUGAGUCAAGAAUCCACCGUUUGGCUCGUUACUAUAAAACAAAGAGUGUUCUGCCACCCAACUGGAAAUACGAAUCCAGCACCGCUUCGGCUUUGGUUGCCUAAACGGAUACCUCGGUGAUCUUUAUUCGUAGGGAUGUUUCGUUUUUGUAUUUAAAAGUGAAAUAAUAAAAAAAUGUAAAAUACAA